AUGGUAUCAGAUAAGCUGAAAAUUGCCUCUUCUGAUUCCCCAUCUUGGCGGAUCCGAGGAUCAGCUAUUAUUACACAAAAAGAUCUGCUUUGCCGCUCUGUGGUUUGCAUUUUUUACCCUUUACCUUUUAAUCAAUUGGAUUCUGGUCUUCCACUCCUUACAAAGACACAGUGAAAAUUGCAAAAUUUCUUGCAUUUACAGAAAUAUAUCUUAAAUCAUACGUUUUGUUUGUGGGCGAACAUUCUAAAAUUAUUAAAAUGUUUAAUAUUGGCAACCAAUCGUCUUAAAUUCUAAUAAACUAAUGAAUGAAAAGAGGAGCCCGCUUGAUGGGUAGGAAUGAGUUGCGCUCUAGUUUUUCUGUUUAGAAUAGUUGUUGCUACUUUUUGUUAUAAUGUUCUGAUUAUCUUCUUUCCUGAAAAAAUAUAUGGUCUUUAACAGACGAGUGAGCAACUGUUGGUUAUUGUUGGAGGUGGUGCUGCUGGAGUAUAUGCUGCAAUUAGAUCAAAACAUGUUGCUCCCUCUCUGGACGUUCUUGUUAUCGAGAAGGGAAAGCCUUUAUCCAAGGUAAGUUAUAUGUUUCACAUCCUCUUUUAAAUUUGAACUAGUUCGGUUGUGGUAAUAUGCCUGAUUAUGAGAUGCAUUUACAUUUUCUUUUAAAUUCCUACAUCUUUAUUGCAAUGCAUUUGACCUAUCGUGAUAUUUAUUUUUUACAAUUUUCUUAUUCUCUGUCAUAAGAUGAUCACUUGGUUGAUUUCCAUCAUUAUUGAAAUGCUCUGUGUAGAAAACUGAGAGAAACCUCUGUCACGGAGGAUAGAGGGGAUAACGGCAGAAACCACCUCAAUUCCAUUCAACUAUUACACCCCUUAAGAUAGGGAGAAACCCUAGACAAUUUUCCAAAAACACCCUCAACUUAUUACACUAUUUCUCUACGACCUAGAACUUCCAACACUGUGCAAGAAAAAAUGCCCUUCUGAAUCAAUGUAACUUGUUUACGUGCUUCAUGUACAUUUCGUAGAGCCAACCCAGAGAGUGCUGUUUGUUCUGUUGACAUGCCUCGUUUUAGCCUUCUUGUCCUAGAGUCAAUCAUAACUUGCAACAAGGAUUUUUCAACCAUCUUUUAUGGAAAAAACAAUCGUCUAAUGGUUCUCAUAAAGUUGAGGAUUAUUGGAACAUCCAUAUGACUCUUACUGUGCUCUUCCUCACGCAAGUAUGAUCACAGUUUCUUGGAUUUUGAUAUAUUAAUAAUAUGGUAAGCCUAUAUUAUUAGUACAACCUGGUAAAAAUUUUCAGUUAUGUUUACUUCUCACAAUUGUGUAAAGCAACGGGAGCCUUUUGAAUUCUGUUUUAUUACAUUUUCUACUACCAUCCCUUGUAAGUUAAUGCUAUUCAGUGCACGAGGAUGUAAAAGCUAGCUUAAUCCUGAUAUGUCGUAUUAUACUUGUCUUUAAUUUGUACUAUAUAUCCAUGCUUACACCGUGUAAAUAGAUGCAUGUUGAAUAUCAGGGUUAUUAUUAGAAAGUGUAUUGAACAUGCUGCAUGAAAUGCUUCCAACAUGAUACAUUUCAGAAAGAUAUGUUAAUGUUAUUAUCUAGAAAUGGUAACUAACUGGCUCUUGAAUCUCCAUGGAGUCUUUUCAAUUCUAUUAUCCUGGACAUCAAAGUCAUGCGAAAUAAGUUAGAAGAAGAUCAUUCCCAAAUUAAACUUGCAAUUGUCUGUGUUUCUGGCACAUUUUUUAUGCGAACUCUUGCUAAUUUAUUUUUCGAAACAUUGUUAUUAAUGUUGUUAUUUUUUUAAUAAAAUCAAAUAUAGUGAAUGCAAUCUGCUUUCUUUCAAUAUGACGAUCCGCGGAAUAUUCUGACAUCUACAAUUGCAUCAUUUGCCAAACUAUUCGUUGUAGGUUAAAAUUUCAGGUGGAGGCCGUUGCAACGUGACAAAUGGCAGCUGUGUAGAGAAAAUGGUAUUAAUUAUUAUUUUUUAUAUUAAAAUUUUUUCUUUAGGUAUUCAGUACCAAAAUGGUUUCCUUGAUAGCACAAGAUUUAGUAGUUAUAUAAAAAUACUACAGCAAAAUGGUCUUCGGUUGCUUCUUUGAUCAGUAUGUUCUUUUUUUUAUUUUUACCCUCGUGAUACAAAAUUAAUGCAAUUCUUGCCAGUGCCACUGGACGUCUUCUCAGAGGUCAUGGUGAAGGCGUUUUGGUGGUUUAUUUGUUUCUUAUCUUUUUGUAGCAUCAUACAUGCAACUACUAAGCUGAUAGCGUGACUGUUCACCAACCUUUUAGUCAAACAUCAGAAAGGUUUUCCUAAUUGGUUUGUCAUCUUGAUUUUUCUUCUGAGCCUCCUGCAUUCUAAUCUUAAACACAACAUCAUUUCAAACUCCCACCAUCAGUCAGAUCCUCACGUUAAACUCCUGCUCAUGCAAUUCACAUAAAACUACCUCAGUAACAGUCCCAUGCGGCUGUUGAUCUUUGCCACAAACUCCGAGUAGCGUAGCUGAUUGAUGCCUCGUUUAAAGUUUAUCCCCUUUUUGCUCUUGUUUCUUUCAUUUGCGCCACAGUUUUAUUUGCUUUAUACCUCAUCUCGUGGUCAUCCUUCUAAGUUUCUUGGUUGGAAAAGUCUAAAUAUAUACUCUGGUUCGUAUAACUAGUUUCCUUCAGUUCGGAGCCCAAAGAAUUGUCUUCUGAAAUCAGCUGCCUUAGGUUUUAAUAGAAUGAAAGAACAUGCUGGACUGAAGUUUGCUACUUGUCUUUUUUUGGGCCAUCAAUGAUUGCUGCGAUGCUAUUUGCUUCUUUCCUUAUAUGGUCCUCAUGCUUCAUGUUGUAUCCUCCCUAUGCAACUUAAUGUACUUCCCAAAUAUAAUUACUAUUUUAAUUAUCAUUUAGGAAAAAUCAGUAAAAAUAUAAUAGAAUUUUGUUGUGUUUAGUUCUGAUUAUGUUUUCGCAUACUUUUUGGCUGCUUUCAAACUGAAACUAAACUAGUUUUCUAUAUAUGAGUGAUAAAUGCAGACCCUUGUAGAAAACUAUCCAAGAGGAAGCAAAGAACUGCGAGGGUCCUUUUUUGAUGUUCAUGGACCAUUGGACACCAUAUCCUGGUUUUCUCAACAUGGUGUGGAACUCAAGGUCUCUGAUGACAGAAUAUAAACGCUGAACCGUCUUCUGAUCGGCUAUACUGUCUAAUUGUGUACGACAAAGUUCCUUCUAAUGAUCUGAGAUGCUAUGCUUUCUUUUGCAGACAGAGGAAGAUGGCAGGGUUUUUCCUGUUAGCAAUAGCUCAUCGACAGUAAUUGACUGCCUUCUGCAUGAAGCGAAGAGGAAAGGAGGUAUGAUUUGUUGGUUUGUUGAUAUUGUGGUUCUGUACUUCCAAUUUCAUCUUCAAUCGGCACUGUGGAAGCUACUUCUUGCUUUGGUUUUUGGGAAGUGUUUUCCAAGCUAAAUGAUAUGGAUCUUCGGAUGAACUUCAGAGAAUUGGUUUGUGACAUAAACAUAAUUAAAUGGGCUAGUAUACAAAGUCGAAGCUUUCAAAUCUCAGUGAUGAGCGCUAGGCUCUCUUUCCAAUUAGAGUAUUUAAUUCAUCCCAUCUAUCAUGUGGCACAUAUAAUAUUGGCCCUUUUUAUCAAACUCCUUACCAUAAUAUUUUUCCUUGGAGAUCCUGAGGUUGACUUCAAGUUUCAAUGAAAAGUAUGAGAAGUUUUCCUUUGCUUGUACCCUGCAAGAGUAGUUCACUCAGGAGUCCUUGACUUUGACUUUGACUUUGAUGUGCCCUUGAGAAGAGAACAUGGUUGUAAACAUCUCUAGAGAUUUGAUAUUAACCUUUUGGUAUAUGCCAAUUGCCCGAGAGGUGAUUUCCGGGUUAAUUUCUGGUAGAUGCUACUACAUACCUUCUGGUGUAUAGUGGCACCAGUUUGGUAAGAUUUCCAGGAUAUUCUCAACUGCCUUAGUUAUCCAUUUCAAAUUCUGCUUCUCAAUAGUGCACAAUAAAGGACGGAGGAAAUCUUUUUCUAGAGACCAAUGCAUUUUCCUUGUAUUCGUUGUGAAAUAAUCGCUUUUUGACCUUUACGAGAGUUUACUCCACAACUUGAAGCCCUAAAAACUCUUUUGACAAAAUCACUUGACAAGUCUUAUCUUUGGCCACCGCCUAAUCAAUGUAACAUUCCGCUUCGUCAAAUAUUUUACUAUUGAGUGACAUGUAAGGUUUUGGUAUGUUCUGUCCAGCAGAUAUGUUUUUAUCACCCAAGGGAACCUUAGGUGACAGAAAGGUUGUAUGGUUCAUCUGCCUAUGCCAUUCAAUGGUAUUGCAACCCAAGAAACCUCGGCAACAGUAGAUCUUCUUCAUCACUCGUAAUAUCAACCAGGGCUUGUGUGAUGGAGUCUGGAAAAUCAUAUUUACAGCAGACGUUAUUCAGAUCUUUGGUAUCCAUUAAUACUAAUUUGAUUAAUUUUCUUUUUCUUGGAACUAAAUAAUCCAGUUGGGUAAGCAUUUGGAUAAUCUAAAUUCCCACCAUUACAUAUUGACUGAAACAUUGCCAAAGCUCAUAAAGCCAACGUUGGACAGUCUAUUAAAUGAGGGAUUACUCAUGGUGAACAGAAAAUGUUGGAUUCAAGUUAACCUUCAAUAAGAAUAAUGAUCUUGUGCGUGCAUAAGGGGAUUACAUGGGGAGCAGAAGGUGUUUUGAUUGUUUUCCUAUGUUUUCAUGUCCUGCUCCUGUUUGCCAUCGUUUUGAAACAUUUUCUUUUGCUUGAGAAUUUAUUGGGUCACAAUUAUUAAAAAUGAAAAAUAUGACAUAGCGUCUCUUUUGAUCUUGAAUUCGUAUGAAGUUAAGCUCGUACUGUUAUGAUUCAUGUUUAAUUUAUGUCAUUCUAAAACCUGGUUUGCUGAAGUAUAAUCUUAUUUUGUAGUUACAUUGCAGAUAGGCAAAGUUGUUACAAAAGCAUCAGUUGAUGCCAACGGAAAAUUUCUUCUUCAAGUGGAGAAGCGUUCUAUUGAUUCUGUUGAAUAUGUCGAGGCAGACUUUCUAUUGAUUGCUACAGGGAGCAGUCGUCAGGUCUGCAAGCAGUCCAAUGUUUUACAUACAUUUCCCAGACUUUCUGUACGUAACAUUUUCCUUAUUUUGGUUUUAGGGUUACACAAUUGCCAUCCAGCUUGGGCACUCCAUAAUAGAUCCUGCGCCUAGUUUAUUCACGUUCAAAAUAGCUGAUGCACAGUUGGCAGAUCUUUCUGGGGUGACAUUCUCAAUCAUUUACCAUGUCUUCUUAUAUAUUCCUUCAUCUAAGAUCGAAUUUUAUCGUGGUAAUGCUGGAGUUGUAAUUCAAGAUUAGGUGCUAUGAUGGGGGGAGAAAGGAUCCAAAGUUAGAUCUUCUAGUUUCUAAUGUUAGCCUGUGGCUCAACUCCUAUUCCUAAUCCAAAAGGAUGAGAGUCAAAGGCAAUAAUUGGGCAUAGAGUGAAUAUCACUUGUCAUCACUCUCCCUAAACUCUUCGAGUACUACUGCUGUGCCAGGGGUACUCUUUUCUUGGUCGUAGCUGAUAUUAAGGUCCUCGAAUUUUCAAUAUCCAAGGGAAUGAUGAGGACGGGACAUCAGCAUUAUGUUUUGUAGGGAAAAUUUUACCUCACAGUUCCAAGCAAGAGUGAUACUGCUUCUACCACAGCAGAAAUGAACAGCCCUGUCAGGAACAAAACCCACUUCAAACUGCUUGAGGAGAUGGUGAUGCCCUCAUCAACGAGAGCAGUGAGACUGAAUCUGUACCCUAAACGAGCAACUCUGAAGGUGUCCUCACCUCUGCAUAUUGGCUACCUCAUGCCUAACGCUGGCUGCAACGGCUGUAGGACGAUUUCUAAUUUUCUAUUCCAUUGAUCUACGAGAAUAGCAGCAUCAUUCUAUCUCUCUUGAAAAAUGUCUAAGAUCUUCUUCCCUUUCUUUAAUGGAAAAUGGUAUGCACUUCUUUUAGCUUCAAUCAAAAUUUUAGCUACCACUGGGAAGUUGGAUUCCCUACUAAAAUUAUGCUCAUUUCUCUUUAUUAUAAUUUUUCUCUCAGCUAACUGAUUUGCUUUAACGACUUUCAGGUUACAUUCCCAAGAGUCAAAGCGAAGCUAAAAUUACAAAACAGCAGCAGGACUAUACCUCAGUUCAGCCAGGUUUUUUUCUCAUUUUCUGAGUUAAUUUAAUCUAAUAUAUUUGUGACUGAUGUUUCCAUAGCUUUAGGUUGGGCCGAUGUUAGUGACACACUGGGGACUUAGUGGUCCUGUGAUUCUGCGACUGUCUGCUUGGGGAGCACGUGAUUUAGCUGAAUCUGAUUACAAAGGUGGAUGCUCUAUCCAAAUAAUGUGCAUGUGCCAAGUGGUCCGUUCUAGGUUCAUAGUUGAAAAGUGUUUCUUGAUUGGGAUGGAGUUUUGGCUCAAUAUGUUCGUGAUUGUUGCUUCUUUUCAUAGUCCAUAAACGGGCGUCUAUUGUUUGUCGAAUCCCUUCGAUAUCUUACGGAUAUUUAUUGAAUGGUGCUUUUGGACUGAGUUUUCCCAUUUGCUCAUAACGUUUGUUUUCCUAUUUUUUACUGCUUUUUAAAACAGAUGUUAUCUUUACAAGGCAAUUGUACCAGUUUGCUCUCUUCAGUAUCCCCGUUUUGAUAAGGUUUUUUGGUUGUAAGUGCAGGAACUCUUUUUGUUGAUUUUGUUCCUGACAUCCACAUUGAAGAUGUGAAACACACUCUCAUUCAACACAAAGAGAAGCUAGCGGUUGGUUCCUCUGCUCUUCGGUUUUUUUUGUUUAAUUUCGCUUGCAAAAGACUUUAAAAGAUCUUCCUCAUCCAGUAUUUCAUUAUUGACUGGCCAUUAUAGAUCCCAAUACAUCUCUUUUACUAGUCAUCAACAACCGUUGCUUUUGUGAGGCUGAUUUCAACCAAACAUGGUGUUUUCACCUCCCUUAUCUAUUUUAAUCUCAAUUUUUCUUAGCAAAGUAGACCAUCAAAGUCACACCCGAAUUGAUCAUGAGCAGAGCGUAGUCACAUAUUUCAAACCCAAGAAUUUUGCCAUUUUAACCACAAUAUUUUGCUGGUCCCGUUCCAUGUGGUAGAAUUUCAGUGUAUGUACUCGACUUUUAUUGAAAUGAAUGAGCCAUCUAGCUUAAACCCAAUUGAGAUACUAUCUUUAUCUGAAAAAUUUGCCCAUUUCUUCAAUUUCCUAAAAUGGCGCAGAAGCAGAAGAUGAUUAAUUCCCUUCCAUUAAGAUUCGGCCUCGUAAGGAGAUUCUGGAGAUAUCUGCUUGAACGCGAGGUGAGAAAAUCCGUGGAGACUUUGGAGACGCUUGCUCAUACAUAUUUACUGUUCAACAUCUGAUGGCGGUAGGAAUCUGCACUCCAGGGUCUUGAUGGAGAGAUCUUGUGGUCUUCCUUCUCAAACAGCUCUUUGCAUUCGUUAGCGCUUCUUCUGAAGCAAUGCACAUUUCCUAUUGUGGGAAAGGUAUGCAAAUCUAUCUGCCAUUCUUUUAUAGACUCUUUCUCGAAUGUUGAUUACUGUUCUUGCUUUCUGAUGAAGGGGCAAUUCAAGGAUGAGUUCGUCACUGCCGGAGGAGUUCCACUUUCAGAGGUUUGCAUCUGUUUAUCGAGCAUUAGGUUGAAAACGCUUUCAAUUUCUCUACUCCAGACUUGAUUUUUAUUUCAUUAUUUUCUGAAGAUUUCGCUCAGCACAAUGGAGAGCCGAUUACAACCUCGCCUAUUUUUCGCGGGAGAGGUGAUGGAUGGGUGAAUUUUUUUCUUUUUUUUUCCCUUUCCUGAUCAGAAAAGGAAAAAAUUCUAAUUAUUAGAAAUUUUGAUUAAUACCAGGUAUUAAAUGUUGAUGGAGUUACGGGUGGUUUCAACUUCCAGGUAAAUCUUGUAGUAAUCUAUUUCUUCAUCGAUAUCCAGGUCAAAUAAACUUGAUUUAUGUAAAAUUGUUCAGCCAAAUGGGUUCAUUAGUAUGCAUAUUCAAUUUUGAGGAAAAUAUCCUUAGAACUUACCAGUAAUAUGCCAUCAUGAACAUUAUUUAUAUAACCUCUAUUACAUGAUCUUGGGACUUUUAGCUAAUCUGGGUCUUCUGUAUAAUCCUGAAAAAAUUCCCAAUUUGGUGUAGUAUGCAAUCAUGAAGAUAUUGUGUGAUAUUAGGGCUCUUCACAGUUGCCAAAUCUGGAGUAAGUGAUCCUUCUCCUGCUCACCGAGGUUGCCACCUUCUUGUGCCUCUGUAGAACGCUUGGUCUGGAGGGUACAUUGCAGGGACGAGCAUCGGCCUGGCAUCAAUCGCCUCUGCCAAGAUUCCAACAUGA